AUUUGCAGUUUAUUCACUCCAUCUGGCCUGUCUUCUUCGUCUCGUCUCUGUGACCUCUCCAAAAGGGGACCCGUUUGGCUUGAGCUUCCCGAAAUAGCGCCGCAAACACCGCGAUGUAAGGUGCCAGUGAAUUUCGCCAGCGAUCAAGGGACACUGCUGGAUCCAGAUCAAAGAAUCCUGCACAACAGCAUCAUGCCGGAGAGUGCUGGGAAUGUGGCCUUUCUGGGUGAUGGGCAGGACAUGCAGAUGCAAAGUUCUGAGCAAGAAAAACAAACAGGGUCAUCACCGGGAUUAGCAGGAGAAGCAGUUUCCCAGUGCCUUGAGAGAAGAGAGACUGUGCUAAAUCAUCACAGGGCUGAGAAGGAGCUGGACCACCACCUAUCAAAGAGAAGGGCUAGCGCCAUUCCUAAUGGGGGUGGCUCCCAGGAUCUUUGCAAAGGCCCAGCACGAAAGCGAAUCCGCAAAACUCAGGGCCCAAGGACGUGCAAUGAGUGUGGGAAGACCUUCGCUCAGGCCUCGAACCUUCUGGCACAUAAAAGAAUCCACACAGGCGAGAAGCCAUAUAAAUGUGUGCACUGCGGGAAAAGCUUCACCGAACGGUCCAAUCGUAACAGGCAUCAGAGGACCCAUUCCGGAGAGAAACCGUAUCAGUGUGUCGACUGCGGGAAAAGUUUUAGCUUCCGAUCGGACCUUAUUAGACACGGGAUUACCCAUACAGGAGAGAGACCAUAUAAAUGUUCGGACUGUGGGAAAAGCUUCAGUCACGCCUCCACUCUGAUUAGACAUGAGAAUAUCCAUACAGGAGAAAAGCCCUAUUCCUGUACAGACUGUGGGAAAAGCUUCACGCAGAGUUCAUCCCUUCUAGCACAUAAGAGGCUCCAUACAGGAGAGACGCCUUUCCUGUGCCCCAUUUGCGGGGAGAGCUUUAACUGGAAGUCGCACCUUGUCACACAUAAGAGAACCCACACAGGGGAGAGACCCUACAAGUGCGCAAAGUGUGGGAAAAGCUUCAUCGAGAAGUCGAAACUGAAUCGACACCAGAGAACCCACCUGGAAAAAGAACUUUACGAAUGCGCAGAGUGUGGGAGGAUUUUUAGCAUCCGGUCCAACCUCCUUCGGCACGAGACCGCCCACAGAGGAGAGAAAUCGUUUACGUGCUUCAGCUGUGGGAAAAGCUUCAACCAGUCGUCAAAGCUGAUGAGGCACGAGAGGAUCCACACAGGAGAGAAACCCUACUCCUGCGCCGACUGUGGGAAAAGUUUUAGCCAGACCUCCGAGCUCCUCCGACACGAGAGAAUCCACACGGGGGAGAAGCCAUAUAAAUGCGCCAUCUGUGGGAAGUGCUUCAACCGGAGGUCACACCUGAACACCCAUAUGGCAACCCACAUCGGAGGCCGACCUUACAAAUGGCCAGACAGCAGAGCGAGCUAUGAAAACGGUUCCCUCCUUGCUGGAACCGUGAAUCCGCCCGAGCAGUUCUUUGCAGAGAACCAGCCCUACAAAGGCUUAGAGGGUGAGAAGGACUACGGUCGUGGCUCCCUCCUCAUUGCAGGCAUGAAUUCGCACGGGCAAGCACAUCUAGGGGGCCAGCUGUAUGAAUGGCCAAACACGGAGACCAGCUACAGUCAUUGCUCCCUUCUCAUGACUAGCGUCAAUCCACAAGAAGGAAUCCAUGUGCAGGAACAGACCCACAGAUGCGUGGACAAUGACACGAGCUGCAGCCGUGGUAGCCCGUUUUAUCUAACCGGCGCAAAUGCCCACGAGGGGAUCGUUGCGGGAGGUACAGCAUACAAAUGUCGAAGUGGCAACGAUGAAAGCCACAAGGGUCCCUCCCUCCUUACAACGGACGUGGGCAACCGGAGAGAAGAGAAGGUGUUUAAGUGUUCCGAGUGCGGGAAGUGCUUUAACUGGAGAUCGCACUUUGUUAGGCACAAGAGGAUCCAUACAGGAGAAAAACCGUACUGCUGUCCGGACUGUGGGAAAAGCUUCAAUCGGAGGUCGCACCUUGUCAGGCAUGGGAGGACUCACGCAGGACUGAGGCCGUACGCUCAGGCUGAGGAGGAAACUUUGGUUCAGAAUCUGGUCAUCUCGAACCCAAGUGAAUCUGUGCCCGAGGGAAACUGUAUAGACACACAGCCUUCUCACACUGUAUUACAGACCGGCGAAGUCAUGCAGGAGACAAACCUUAUGAAUAUUCUGUGACAUACCUUAUGGCACAGUAAAGAACCCAGAUGGGGAGGGAACCUAUGGCGGGGAACUUCCCAUUGUGCAUCAUUUCUUGCUAGACACACGAUACACGCACAGGGGAAACUAUGGCUUAAUGUACACCAAGGGUGGAAGAGAUGGUUAAGGUGUUCUUAGACUGCUAGUACCUAAGUUGCCCAUGAGAGGACCAUAUGAUUGUUUGAGCAUCUGGCUAUGUGAUUGACUCCAGCUUCCCAGCACAUGCACACCCUAUGCAAAUGUGGCACUAUACUCCACAAGCAUGUGUGAUCUUUGCGUAUAGGGUUAUUGCCAAUGCGACUCCUGCUCAGAGUAGACCUAGUGGAAUUAAGACACCUAAGAUAGGACUGUCCAUUAGUUUCAAUAGGUCUGUGUCAAGUAGGACUGGCAUUGAUUACAACCCAUAAUAAUAUACCUCCUGUGUUAAAAGCCUUUCUGUGUACCAAGCGGAUAAUGUGUGAACUGACCUGUGCAGUUCAGGGAUAGAGAAUCUGCAGCCUUCUGAAUGUUCAGUUAUAUUCACAAACAUUAUUAUAAAUCAGGGGUCAGCAAACUUUUUCAGCAGGGGGCCGGUCCACUAUCCCUCAGACCUUGUGGGGGGCCAGACUAUUUUUUUUGGGGGGGGGAAUGAACAAAUUCCUAUGCCCCACAAAUAACCCAGAGGUGCAUUUUAAAUAAAAGGACACAUUCUACUCAUGUAAAAACACCAGGCAAGCCUCACAAAUAACCUAGAGAUGCAUUUUAAAUUAAAGGACACAUUCUACUCAUGUAAAAACAUGCUGAUUCUUGGACUGUCCGCAGGACCCCUGUUAUAAAUCAUUUCACUUUUAUUUACAUAAAUCCCUUUGCAUUAGGCACAUUCACACACACAUUACAUUGAAUCACUAACAGGACAGUUGCUAAACUGUUUCUCCCCACCACCACCUCAGACAGGUAAGUAUAUUGUGAAAUGAGGAAUAAUGGGUAUGGAAGAUGGUAUUUUUAUGCACAUUUUCCUCUAUUAUUAUUAUUAUUGCAAUAUUCCUGCUCGCUCUGCCAAGGACAUCAAGACGCUGCUUGUAAUUCGCUUCUUUUGUAGUGUUAUGAUUUUCUGCAUUCCUUUCUAAACCUGCCUCUAGAAUUAUAUUGAAAUAUAUUGUCUUCCAAGAAAGCAAUUCUUUCACCACACAAGUCUGGACUCUGUGGGUUGAUUUGUAAUACAGGGUACUAAAGAGGGGUUUGG